ACUCUCACUUACCAGCGUGGAAACUACGAAUGUGGUCUAACUGUAACCUGAGGGUCCAGCCCUCUUUUAAUGCUUCCUAGCUGGUAUUCAGGCUAGUCGUCUGCCUAUAGAUCAUUGUACGUGUCAGUUGCUGUAGGAAGUGAGCUGCUGGAGACAUAGCCUAUCUUCAAACACUUCAGACGACUUCGCCACUUUAACAUUAACGUUAUGCCUAUUAGGGUAGUGAUAGAGGGUCCUGGACCCUGGGGAUUCCGGCUGGUUGGGGGAAAGGACUUCGAACAGCCGCUGACUAUUUCCCGGGUCACCCCUGGGAGUAAAGCUGCCCAAGCCAAUCUGUGUAUGGGAGACAUGAUCUUGGCAAUUGAUGGAGAACCAACAGAGAACAUGACUCACUUGGAAGCCCAAAACAAGAUCAAGGGGUGCAUAGAGGAGAUGGUGCUGUCCAUUGACAGGUCAGAGACUAAAUUGUGGUCACCACUUUCAUCUGAGGAAGGGAGGUCACAUCCGUAUAAGAUGAAUCUUGCAUCCCAGCCACAGGAGGUGAAACCCAUAGGAUCGACCCACAACAGGAGUGCUCUGCCAUUUGCUGCUUUCAGCUCCAAUGUUGUCACUAACCAGUACAACAACCCCUCUGGUCUCUACUCUUCAGAGAACAUCCAAAACUUCAACUCAGCUUUGGAUGAAGCUAAAACCUUGGUCACAGCUCACGAGCCCAACCCCAAGGCUCCAUCAGAUGCAUCACAAACAGCCAAGCAUUCACUUGUCGCCGAAGAAUCGGAGGUUUACAAGAUGCUGCAGGAGAACCAAGAGUCUGACGAGCCUCCUCGACAGUCAGCUUCUUUUAAAGUUCUUCAGGAGAUUCUCGAGACAGGUGACUCUGACAAACCAUCAGGGUUUAGGAGUGUGAAAGCCCCUUCUACAAAGAUUGGAUCAUCUGUGGGAAACAUAGACAAGCUACCUACCUGUGACAAAUGUGGAUCUGGAAUUGUGGGGAUGGUGGUGAAGCUGAGGGACAAGUUCCGUCACCCAGAGUGCUACACCUGUACGGACUGCGACAUCAAUUUGAAACAGAAGGGACAUUUCUUUGUGGAGGAGCAGAUUUACUGUGAGAAGCAUGCACGGGAGAGAAUGACUCCGCCUGAGGGCUACGACGUGGUCACGGUCUUCCCCAAGUAGAGUGAUCGCUAAGCUCAGCCUCGGACUGCACACCAAUAAAGGACCAAGACAUAAUCCAAGACAUUGCAACCUUUAGCUUUUGCUACUCCUAAAUAGAAAGUGGUCUUCUUUCGCAUUCUGUUUCAGCGCAGUCACUUCUAGGUAGGACUGUCAUGAAUAUCAUCUUUUCAAAUGAAAAAGAAUACUAUAAGAUGACAUCCCUUCCCCCCAAACAGCAAAUGUGGUUAUGUUAUUUUUACAUGUUCACUUUGUUCUUUGUAAUGAUGGAAAACAAACACAGAUUACUUCUUAAUACAGAAAAAAAGAUCUCCACGUUUUUAAUAAAUAAGCACUGAAUGCAGUUAAAAUA